AUGAAGAAUACCUGUUGCGUUCCAGAUUGCGAUAGCAAGCGAAGUAGUGUUAAGUUACAUCGUUUUCCAAAGACAGAGAUAAGACUGAAGUGGGUGGAACUUGUAAAUUGUACAAGCUUAAAGAAGCUUGGUGUAGAUGAGCUACAAAAAUCGUUUGUGUGUCACAAGCACUUUGAGCAGAGAUUUGUUACUGGCAGUUUGCGUCUUCGGCAUUCUGCGUAUCCUACCCUACUUUCGAAUAAUGAAAUACAGUCUGGAAUACCGGCUGUUGAGUACGAGACUUUUGAUAAUCAAAGUGUUCGUGAUCAUGAUUACACUGAACAAAGGAAAAGAAGACAUGAAGAGCAUACCUACUGUAAAACUCAAACAUCGAAAUCACUAGAGAGCUGUGACAGCUCAGUGCCUGGUCAAAAAUUGCAGCCGUGUGUUAAGCAAAACUGUUGCAAGUUACACAGCAAACUUUUUUUACCAUGCAGACGGAAGAGAAGUGAGCAAAAUGUUACAAAAACCCUUCAGAAU